UGGGACGAUCGCCGGAGGAGGAGCCGGGGGAUAUCGUACUAUCAGGAGAAGAGUCGCCAAGGUGCUGUCGAUCGGUGACAAAUCCGCCAAGUUCCGGGACAAGGCAUCCGGGGACUCGCCCAACAUCAAGCUCCUCUCGCGGAUCGAGCAGCUCCGGCUGCUCACCAAGGCCGAGAAAGCCGGCCUCCUCUCCACGGCCGAGAACCUGGGAUUCACGCUCUCCUCCAUCGAGAAGCUAGGGCUCCUCUCCAAGGCCGAGGAGCUGGGCGUCCUGUCCGCCGCCACGGAUCCAUCCACGCCCGGCGCGCUCCUCACCACCGCGCUCGCAUUGCUCCUCCUCGGCCCGGCCUUCGUCUACUUCGUCCCGGAGAACUCGGUGCCGCUCGUCGUGCUCCAGGCCGUGGUGGCGGCGGUGUCCGUGCUGGGAGGAUCGGCCGCGUUCGCGGCAUCGAAUUUCGUGGCCACGAUCCAAGCCGCGAAGUGAAAUAGAUUCCCAGGGAAUCCCAAAUGCGAAAAUUAGGGUUCUUCGGAUAAACCCUAGAUAGGAUUGUAAUGGAGGUCCAAUGGCGAUGAGCGCGCUCCCAUGGCGCCCUGGCCGAUUCCAUGGCUCGGCCGCCUCCUCUGGCGCUCCGAUCCAGCCGGUGGCGACGGCGAUUUGGCCGCGAUCGCAGAGUCCACGCGCAGGUUUGUCACGCUGCUCAAGACGCCGGGUACUCAAUCGACGAGGGCACCGCCAGGUCUGGUCUAUUUGCUCGCAUCCGAGGCUCUUUCCGAGCGAUCGGCGCUGGAUGCCGUGGAGGUCGUGCGCGCGAUUAAGCCGGGAGCGGUGGUAGCACAGGUAGGAAAUGGAGAUCUCGCGGGUCUUCGAUCGGAGGAGGAGAGUGGCAAGGAGAGGAUUCCAACGAGUUCUCUGGCGGUGAUCGGGGCUUGUUUCUUAGAUAGCUCGCAGCGCAAGAGCUUCGAUAGCAAGGCAGGAGUGGAAGUGUUGCGAUCCAUCUUUGGAACUACGUAUCACGGACCGGCUCUCAGCGCUAAGAAUGCUGCGAGGGAGGCUAGGUGUGCGUUUCUUUUCCUCGAGACGCCGAGCACAGGGAAGAACGACGCGGGAAAGAGUGACGCUGGGCGGAUUCGCUUCGGGCAAAUGGUGGUUUCACCAGAGAUUGCUGCUAGAGUCUACGAUGCAUCCUCGAGUUUCCAGGGACUAAGUUUGUGCCAGAGUUUGAGAAACGGUGAUAGACAUCAUGGCGACUCUCGCGAGUUUCCGGCCUAUGCUUCGUCGUUCUACGCUCUCCUGGUCGAUCUACACGACGCGUACCGCGAGCUCCCGGGGAUGAACACGGCACUGGCGCAUGCACGGAGUUUGCUCUUUGACGUCGAGCAGGGAAGGCCUGUGGAUCAAACCGAGCUCGCCGGGGCUCAAAAGUUUCGCCUCGCGGUGGAGGGUCUUCGGAUCGCACUCGCUGCCGCUGGUUCUCGAUCCGACAGUAGCACCAAACGCUUCCGGAAAGCUCCAAAGUUUGAGGAGAUGUCUGGGGCGGAUCAAGGUGACGUUCUUCUCGCCCAGGCUCUCCAGGAGCAAGCGAGAGCUCACGGCUCGGUGGUGGCGGUGGUGGACGCGAGCAGCAUAGCCGGCAUUCGCCGGCAGUGGAACACGGCCGUGGCUCCGGACGUCCGAGACCGUGCCCGUGAGUGCUUCGUAGUGGAAUUCGACAAAGUUGGCGAUGAUGAUGGUGACGAAAACUUAGAGAAGAAGAUAGUUGGCUCCGGUGGUGCUGUGGCCGUGGUCGGGAUCGCCUCGCUCCCCUGGUGGGCUUCUGCGACGACUCCCUUCACCAAGGUUCUAGUUCUCAAGGCCCCGGCCUUCGUCAAGCUCGGGCUCGUUCAGAUCAAGAGAAACGCGACGGUUGUCUUCGCAAAGUCGGUCACUCCGCUCCUCACGCCAGGCAAGGCUUUCUCGGCGGUGGUGAAAUCUGCUGCCAGUGCCGGGAAGGCUCGAGCCGCUGCUCACAGCGUAGUGGCUACUGCCGAGCGAGCGACGCUAUCGGCGAUUCGAACAGCGUUUUACUGCCUGAUGAGGAAGAAGCAAGGGAUGUCGAGUGGUGGAAGGCCAUGGCUGGUGCUGGGAGGAAGUGUAGCGGCUGGUGCUGGGAUUUUGUGGAGCGGUGACAGGCUUGAGUCGGCCAUCGAGGUGGCUCCGGCGGCUCCGAGCGUGGCGCGCUUGGGACGUGGUUUGGAAAACUUGGAGAGAGCUUCCAGGUCGUUAAGCGAGAGCCAGCCACAGCGUGUAUGGGAGGAUUUGUACAAAGUGCUUCACAAGUAAGUCAGGGAGUUUUGUUUAUCACUCUGGACAGGUUGAUUGAUCGGAACGUUGGAUGAAAAUUUACAACUUUACAAAGCGCGGAGGUGCUCAAGAACAGCAGUUUGGCUUGUGCUGCAAAACCUGUCCUCUGAGUGGGAUUGUGGUGGGCUUUGCAGCGCUCAUCGACGGCUGGCUCGCCAUUCUACACGCGAAAGAAGAGAAAACGAGAAAAAGAAAGAGAGAAGAUCAAACACCAACGUACCUGUUUUUGAUCUCGGCAGCCAUGGUCAUGAAAGCUUGCUCAACGUUGGUAGCAUUCUUGGCGCUGGUUUCUAGAAACGGGAUUCCAAUCUCAUCCGCAAAGGCCUGUCACGAAGAAAAGAUUUUUACUUUGUACAGUAGAAAGAAAGAAUAACAGAAGUUGUCACCUUGGCAGUCUGAUAA